AUGAGUCCUAUCUUGAGACUUUUGCAUAUCUGUGAUUCCGAUGAAAAGCCUUCGUUAGGUUACGUUUAUGAAGGUAUGCUUAGGAUUAGGAAAGGAAUCAAAGAGUUGUUUAAAAGGAAAAGACAUAACUAUAAGAGGUAUGUUGAUAUUAUUGAUGCUCGUUGGGAUAAGAUGAUACGCAAAAGUCUUCAUGCAACAGCUUAUUGGCUCAAUCUGAUAUUUCAAUAUGAAAAAGAUAAUCGUGAAGAAAAGCAAAAGGCAUGUGUAGGGGUGCUUGAUAUGAUUGAGAAGUUAUCGAGUUUAGAUCAAAGUGUGCAAAUAACUAUUUCGCACAUGGCAAAAUUUCGGGAUAAAGUAGAUGAGUGGUGGAAAGCGUUCGGCGGAGAUGUACCGGCGUUGCAAAAAUUUGCCGUAAGAAUUUUAAGUCAAACCGCAUCCUCUUCCGGAUGUGAACGGAAUUGGAGUGUUUUUGAGAGAAUUCACACCAAAAGAAGGAACCGCUUGGAGCAUCAAAGGCUAGGUGAUCUCGUAUAUUUGCAUUACAACUUACGUCUACAAAAUAGGCUAAAUGAGAGCAAAAGGCCAUAUGACUUGAUUGAUUACCGAAGCAUUGAUAAAAACGAAUUUUGGGUGGUGGAAGACCAGAAGGAAUCCGAGCUUAACUAUGAUGAUUUAGUAAAUAUGCUCGAUAAGGAGCUCCCAAUUGACCUUGAUUCACAAACACAACCAUCCGAAGAAGAUAAUGUGGCUAAGGUUGAUGAUGUUAUUAUUGUUGGUGAUGGCGAUUUUGAUGAUGAUGAUUCGGAUUCGCUUGAUGAUUGGUAUAUUUGUAUGUUGUUGGAUUGGUACUUUCAUUUGUUGUUGGUUUUGUACUUUUUUAUGUUCUUGGAUUUGAUAGAGGAUUACAAAUAG